ACACAAUCCCCUCCCCCCCUCUCUAAACGAAGCCAACUACUUUAGUUUCAGAGAAUCGGUGUCUCUUGUCACGACGAACUGAAACCACUCCCGCUCUCCUCCUUCCCCACUCUGUUUUGGAUGAUCGACUGUCAGUGUCCAGUAUCCAAGUGUCUUGUCUCUACCUUCUUCUCAACAAACCAUCCUUCCACUCAAUACUGGUCAUAUCGAGCCGCUGGACGCCCAAUGCUAUCAACAUGAGUAUUGUCGCCAGUAGACCAGAAUGCCCUACUGUGCCCUACUCGCCUGUCGCUCACCAGAGCCAUGUGGUCAGCAACUACAAGGACUCGGACUAUGCAGUGACGGUGCAACCCAUUUCCACUCGCAGCCCCUCCGUCUCCUCCUUCAAAAGCAAUUACAGCGUCUCCACGUCUCCCACCAUCUUCUCGCCCACGUCGCCGAGCGCCUCCUUUAGUGCGUUCGGUUCGUCCUCUUCGUUACCGAAACUCACCGAUUCCAUCUUCAAACGCUUGCCUCAGGAGGUCUAUGAUGGAAUCCUCGAUCGUUUACAGUACCUGCAUACAGGGCCUCACCAGGCAGGUUGCACGACAUGUUUUCAACGUGACUUACACGCCCUGUCACUCACCUGCAGGGCUUGGGAGAAAGCAGCCAGGGGAAAACUGUACAAUCGAAUCCACAUCAUGGGGAACGAUUCCCCAGCCCAGUUGAAAAAAUACCGCAUGAAGAGAGGCAGUCGCCUGAAGCUCCUUCGCAGGACUCUCCGGGAGAGGAAAUUGCUGGCCAAUCUUGUCCUGGAACUCCGCGUGCCGCAGAUGGAUAUGGUUCUGGCAACCGGGAAACAAAGCACUGUAUGGCAGGAGUAUCGAGACCUGGUUGCCUCGGUGGUAAUGGUCUGCCCCAACCUGGAACGGCUGCUGGGCUUGACCAUCCCCUUCAACCACGAAUUCGACCGUCUGACCCACGCCCUGUCGACUCGCAAGAAACUGAAGGAGCAUACCUGGAUCCUGGGGGAAGCGCCAGAAGCCCUUGAAGGCUCUCCUCGCAGCUCAUCCUGCCCGGGAAGCUUGGGACCCCUGGAGAUGUUUGAAUUCCUCAACUACCACGCUUCCUGGACCAACCUCGAGUCCCUGAUGCUGUAUGCUCUUGAUGAGCACAGUGCCAUGGAGCCCAGUAUAUUCCUUCGCAUGUUCAGCAUCCUACCGUCGUUGCGCCAUCUUUGCAUUUCGUCCUUCGACGCGGACGCCUUCGGAGACAGCACGCUCCUGUGUCUACCGGCUCUCGAAUCCUUGCGAUUGGAAAGCCUGCCGGGCGUCACUGAUGCUGGCUUGACGCAGUACACCUCCCGCCCGGAAGCUCAAUCUCUUAAAUCCUUGACGAUUAUCGAGCAGGAUAUCGAAUCCUUGUUGGUGGUUUCGAAGAUUCUGGCCUCCCUAAGGCAGCUGGAACGCUUCAAGAUUGUCCAAGCAGGAAAGUGCCCUACAUUGCCCCUGGGAAGCAUGAUUCUUCAGCCGCUACUAGCUUCCUCGACCCUCAAAUACCUGCACUGGGAUGUUGUCAGCCCCAAUGCCGCCACCGCUCUCAGCACGCUUGAGACUGCUCCCUUUCAGAAGCCCCCUAGGCACAUUGAGACACCCAACUCACACCUUGCGCAGAGCAUCCUGGCCGCUGGUUUCCCGCAACUAGAAGCCGUUCGUGCACCGUCGGACAUCGAGCCCGCUGGAGUCAUCCAGUCGGUCUGUCGACCCAUCACCAGAGGGCGCGCACUCCUGCAGCCGGACCGGUACAGCCUGCCGCGAAGCUCGCACGGGUCCGUCAGUACCCGGCCAAUGGCGCUCCCUGCUGGGAACAAUCUCACCUCGGCACGCAUCCGCGCACAGACAUUCAUUGAUAUGGCCGCCAAGGAUACUGAGACGGGAAUGAAAGUCAUCGUCACCGACCAUUCCGACGGCUACGUCCCAGAAAAUGCAGAGGACGUGUCUUCAGACGACGAGUCAGCCGAUAUGGAUAUGGAGGAAUUCGGCGUGUGGAAACCGCGAGAUAAGCACAAAGUCGAUCUCGCUUCGGAGGAGGAGCGCGACGGACCGGUCACCGUGUACGAAUUCCGGAUGCCGGCUUAUAUGGGACGAGUAGGCACACGCUCCUUAACGAAGAACGCGCCGAUCCCCAAGUUCAUCCUUCGUCCGGAUAUUCCAGGGGCGGACGCGGACGGUGGAUUGGUCGGGUGGAAACACCUGCUGACCUCCAACCAGUCUCUGACCUAUGCCUCUGGUGUUGGGACGACCUGCUUCGGGAACCGCGCCAGCACCAUGCUCCUCCCUCUGGAAGAACCGCUAUCGCCAGCGUCGACGCCCACCACGUCCCGCUUCGGAUGGGGGAGUAUCGGCAGUCGCUCAGCACUGGCCACGAGCCCCAACACACCCAUCACACCUACAACGCCGUGGAGCCUGCCCUCGUCAUCUACACCACCCUGGGAGAAGGACAUCUGCACUGGGUCCUGGAACCACGGCCACAAGAAUGGUCGAGACUGGUCGUAUCACAUCGAACGAGAGCGACCCGGCAAUGCCGAGCCCAUUGACAUCAGGCAAUUUUUCUAAGAUUGCAUUCCAGGAGUUUCCCCACGCCCCAUCUAUUCGUUUCAAUCACUCAAAUCAUGUGAUAUGCUUCGACAGUAACGAUGCCACCACCGAACUACCUACAUCAGCCAUCUCAUUUGCCAGGAUAGCCCUCCCUCUGUAUAUUCUUCUCUCUUUUUUUUUACAUCCUGGUGCUGGUGCCACUUUCUCUAUCAUGUCUUUUUUUGAGUUUAUACCACCAUGUUUACAACCCGGCGAACGGAAAGGAU